AUGGCCGAUGCAGGCUAUAGCUCUCCAUUUCCAACCUCACAUGAUACUAUUGGGCAGUCAACACUAGUGACGCCUCUCUUCAUGCCAUCCUCUCCUCCGCAACAACCUUCCAGCCCAUUGGGAUCUCCGACAACCGCCCAAACUCCUGCAACUGACCAGACUCCCGCAACCGAGCGCGUCACAGCGCAAUCUAGCAAACAAGGUCAUAGCCACACUAUUGACGAUGAAUGCCAUUCGGAUAAUGGAAUGCAACAUGUCACUCGACCACCUUCUCCUGGGAGUCCAACAGGCUCAGAUCUCGAUGCGCGACUUGUCGAUUACACCUUGGAUUUCAGCAACUUCCCGAGCGGCCAUUUCGCUUUGGAUGAGCAGGAGCAAACUCUUCCUCCUUUCAAUCAAGAUGUAGAUAAACUAUCCGACGUUGGAGGCCCGGAAGAUUUCACAGCGAACAUGGAGAAAUACCUGAUGGGCGAUCUGGAAGAUGGAGCGAACCAUGUGGAUGAAGCUGAAGAAGACUACGGAUCAGUACGACGAUCUUCCCAGAAGUCGAGGCAAACCGUGAUCGAAGAAGAAACCGACUCUGGUGAAUAUAGUGAAUUCGGACCGCCAGUAGAUAUGUCGACCCCUUCACGCCUGUUGCACCGGACUAGCGCUUUCCCUAAAGAUUCGACUCAUCUAGAAGGUAUUGAAGAAUACCCCGAUGACAAUGAGGCCCAAAAUUCCGCAUCCCCUUCCAUCCGAAAGUUGUCGGACGCCUCCAGUCGUGCACCAGAGGUGCAGAAUGAGAAUCUUUACCAGCUGAUAGCACAACUGCAGCAAGCUUUGAAGGAACGCGAUGACCAAUUGCAGAAGAACCGCAACCAUAUGCUCGAAGCUGUUUCUGCUAGUGAGCAUAUCCGUCAUCUCCAGACAGAAUUGCAGCGGAAAAAUGCUCUCCUAGAUGAGGCGAAUGCCAAAGUUAGCGACGAGGCACUGCUGCGUGAGCAAGUUCAGUCACUGAAAAAGAAAAUCGAAGAGCAGGAAAAGCUAUUGCGCCAUUCAAGCAUAAACACAGCUGAUCUCAGUCCUCUUUUGAACCAGAUCAGUGAGAUGCAACAGCAGCUCCAAGGUAGAGAUGUGCAGACUCCGAUGGACAAAGAGAGGUUGGAGACAAUCGCUCACCUGCGCCAGCAGCUCAAUCUUUCCCAGGAGCAGGUGCGAAAGCGCGAUGAAACUCUAGAUGAGACAAUCACCAAGCAUAAGGAAGUCAUACGGGUCAAGGAUGCAUUAAUACAGGAGAAAAACUCGGAAAUUGAUCAACUCCAGGCACAGAUCGACGACUACGGGCUGGAGAAUGAGAAGCUUGAGUCGGAAUUAGAGCGUGCGCAAAAUGAUCAUCAGGUCCUUGAGGAACGCUUCAUGGACUUGGAAAUUAGAAAUCGCCCUCUGGAGGAGAAGAACAUCACACUGGAAGCAAAUCUUAGUCGUGUUCAAUCCCACAUGGAAGCCCAGGAGAGUGCUCUCAAAGCUGCUGCUGCAGAUCUGCCUAUCAGCGGCCAUAGCACCUACAGCGAGAUUCUCGAUUUGAUCAAAGAUCUGGGCCCAGGGGAUCCCGCAUCCCCACUCCACUCGCCAUUGAAGGACAAGUUCGUGGAUAGCCAAGGUGUGCAGCAACCGCAGCAACCGCAACAAUCGCAACAACCAGGCGUGCCAACCAUUGCAAGCCUUCGGCAAGAACUCCAGGAACUAUCUGCCGCACAUAAAGCCGCAGAUACCGAAGCCCAGACCCUUAUCAAAACCAUCGAAACAGAGAAAGCGCAACUUUCCAGCCGGGUGGAUGAGCUCACGGCAGCCCUAAACAAGUCCCAACAUGACCUAAUACAAUCGCAAGAAGGGUAUGCCGAGUCCCUCGAGACCAUUGCCCGCUUGCAAGAAGAAAAGAUCGCCGAACCUCCCAGCCCACCCCCCUCACCCCCCACAGCGCGCGGAGCUCUCAACCCAGAGCCAAGAGGACCGGACACAGCAGCCCUGGAAGUGAACCACCAAAGCCAACUCCGCAGCCUGCAAACCGCACACUCGACGGCAGUCUCAACGCUGCGCGCCUCGCACGCCGAGUCAAUGCGUAAAAUCCGCCACCUCCUCACAGCCGCCGAGCAACGCGAAACAGAUCUGCGUUCGGAGCUUGCAACUCUCCGCACCUCAUCAGCGACCUCUGAAGACCACCUACGCAAGAGUUUCAAAAUCGAACUUAGACGCCUGGAAGACGUCAUCGCUGCAAAGGAUGAAAUUGCGGCCGAGGUCGACCAACGCAUCGCUUUGUCGGUGGACAAGCGCGAGCGCGAAUGGGAGCGGCGCAUCGACCUGCUCCUCAAAGAGCGUGAUCGUAUGGCCAAGGCUUUGAUGAUGAGCUGGGGGGAGAUGGAGCUUGGUCGUGGGCCGGGGUCUUUGGCCGAGGGUAAUGGCAAAGAGAGCCGCCGUCGUGAUCGAGCCCGUGAUUCAGAUGCUAAGAGUGGGCAGGCUUAUCGCUACAAGUACGCUCAGAAGCAGAAGUCCAAGAGCAUGGAAGCUAGGGCUUAG